UGACCCGGAAGCGAUCUAAAUUAGCGCUCACUGGCGUCCGCUUCCCAGUUAUUGCCGGCAUUCAGACUACUUGCUGGGCCGUGAUCGACGAUUGCGUUUGCAGUCAGAAUUAAUUGAUCUCAUUAUCACCGCCUUACCUCACGCUAACCUGUUGACGCGCGCGCAUUUAUGUCAGCGGAUGGUCGCCUUUUGUUGUGCGUUAAAUGUCGUUGGCCUCCGUGGCGCAGUCGGCGAAAGGUCAAGGUUAUUCUCCCCGAGCGCGGUCAAAGCGAAGUCCGCUUAAUAAGACACGACAGCCGCCCGUACACGGCUUCCUGUUAGUUUUCCGUUAGGUGUCGGCACGCAAAGAGCAUUCUUGUUUAGAAACAACCCACUAAGUCACUGGUAAGACGCAGCACCGGAGCAUCGAGCCCGCCAUUUCCCGGGCGAAAGCCGCGUGAUGGUAAUGCGUUGACCAGUGGGAUUGCUCGGCAUGUAAACAUCCGCGAGCCACAUCCAACGCCAGUUCCGGUGUGAAUGUGUACAUGCAGCCGGUGACCUUUAAGCAGUGCAAAUGUCAUCAGCGAGAGUCUGAUCGUCUUGCAUAUGUGGGCCAGAUUGAUUACGCGCCUGUCACCCUGGACAGCGUGUUGACAGUUAACAAUUAGCCGCCCAGAUUUCCGGUGCGUAUCGGUCUCUGUUAGUGGUACACUACCGCUGAUACCACUAUUCACCGUCACCAGUUGCACGACCUUCGCAUAUAUCUUGGCUCCGAACCGCUGUGUUUGCGCGGUGUGAUUUAUGUCACUGCCCAAGUGGCUCUUGUGGCGUGUCCUUUAUACUGUGUGAACUACUUCGGUUGGACUGACUGUUUUGACAGAAUUGCAUACGAGUCGGCCAUAUUUGUAUCUGUCCGGAACCGGCUACAUAAUCUAGCAAUAAAGUACGACCCUCACAGUCAGUUGCCGGCUUUUCUAGAAUAGUUGCAUCGGGUUCGUUCAGGCGUAUUCCGCCGGUGGCAGCCAGUCUGCCACGGUAUUCUGGCCAUCGUUUGUCGUUAACGUUUGUGUUGCAUUUAUAUACAGCCAGCAACAUGGCUGCUUACUCGUGGAGGUCGGCAGUGGUGCAGUGUGCCGUCUGUGCUGUCCUUCUGCAGGCGGCACUCGAUGCACCCGUCGUCGUGGCCAGUCCAGCCGUCGCUCCGGUAAGAGUACAAUAUGUUGACCUAUGGCCACUGGCCAACAUGCUCGGACCAAGGUCUCCUUGCUCAAAAAUUAUGCAGAUAUCAGGAUCCAGUAUCCGCAAGGCAUUCUUGUUUUCUCCACCAACUUCGUGGGGAUCACCAUCGGAGCGGACACGGACAAGCCGCAGUCUGGCCAAGCAGAAAGCGUUACAGGAGCGACCGGAGUGCGAAGUGCACGUUGACAACAAAACGCGGGAGCCGGGUCGGUGCCUGUACACUUUCGGCGUGGAGGGCCUAGCCGGCAUCUGCCAGACUUAUGACCGCACCUACAUCGGCUUCUCUGUCCUCUGCGUCAAGCACGUCCGCCCCGGGAUACCCAGUAUGGCGGCCAAGAAACACAAACGCGCCCAUCGCUCCCAGCGGAUAACUGCACAUUCCCAGUGACCGGCGCUUCGGCGCAACCACUGCCCCGCCCUAACGCUGCCACCUUUUCCACCACUUACAUUCCGGUGGCAACCUAGUCCAGAAGACAGUCACCUUAGGUGACGCUCGUUCCCACCGAUGAAGACAAUCACUUAAUACACUUUCGGUACGCACACCGCCACGCUCGGACAAAAGCAUGCAAUGAAACGAUUUACUGUUUAUUUUCCAUGUUAUACAAUAGGAUGCCGUUAUAUGCAGCAGUUUCAUUUGUCGACACUACACUCGAUAUUCUCUGCGUUUGAUAGCAGGCUUGCAGUAUGAUUGCAUCACUUAUGGUUGGCCAUGUUAUUGAUUACUCUUUGCAUUGUAAUAAUCAUUAAUUUUGUGCUCAUUAAAACAUAAUUUCGUGCUGAGUUGACUGGUGGAGAUUUUCAGCAGCUGUUGACGUUAACUUUUCAAUGGUAUAAUGGUAAUUAAAUA